AGAUCGCGUCGCUAGGGUAAGCUCAGAGCUAUGGCCGGUGGAUCUAAGACGAUUCGCAAAGCUCUCGGCGCGCUCAAGGAUUCCACCAAAGUCGGCCUCGCCAAGGUUAACAGCGAAUUCAAGGACUUGGACAUUGCAGUGGUCAAGGCGACGAAUCAUGUCGAGUGCCCUCCCAAAGAGAAGCAUGUCAGAACGAUCUUCCUUGCCACCUCGGCCGCCAGGCCCAGAGCAGACGUUGCCUACUGCAUUCACGCUCUUGCCAGGCGCAUCUCCAAGACCCACACUUGGACCGUAGCCCUCAAGGCGCUCAUGGUGAUCCACCGGACACUCAGAGAGGGGGAUCCAACGUUUCGCGAGGAGCUCAUUAAUUAUUCACGGAACCGAGCGCAUAUCCUCAACCUGUCCAAUUUCAAGGACGAUUCUAGUCCCAACGCAUGGGACUACUCGGCUUGGGUCCGAACUUACGCAUUAUUUCUCGAGGAGCGGCUCGAGUGCUUUCGGAUUUUGAAAUACGAUGUCGAGUCAGAGCGCUCAUCGGGUCACAGCAGAACCAGGGAGCUCGACACAAUCGACUUACUAGAACAGUUACCUUCUCUACAACAGCUUCUGCAUCGCCUUAUGGGAUGCCAGCCUGAAGGAGCUGCCACGAGCAACCACGUGAUCCAGUACGCUUUGGGUCUGGUUUUUAAAGAGAGCUUCAAGCUUUACAGAGCAAUAAAUGACGGGAUUAUCAAUCUUGUAGACAAGUUCUUUGAGAUGCAACGACAUGACGCUAUAAAGGCUUUGGAAGUCUACAAAAGAGCAGGGCAGCAGGCAGAAAGGCUAUCAGAAUUUUACGAAAUCUGCAAAGGGUUGGAUCUCGCUAGGAGCUUCCAGUUUCCUACCCUUGAACAGCCUCCUCAAUCAUUUUUGACCACGAUGGAAGAGUAUGUUAAAGAUGCACCUCGUCUCGCUAUAGUACCAAAGGACCUUGCGCUCGAGUAUAAUGGAGAACGUCUCAUAUCUAAUCGGAUCGCUGCGGCUCCAACAGAACCAGAGCCUGUUGACGAACCCGCACCAGAAGCUCCACCAGCACCAGCACCAGCACCACCAAAACCAAUUCAAAGCUCCGCGUUCGAGAGCAAUGAUCUUCUGGGCUUGGGAGAGAUGGCUCCAAGCCCUUCAGCAUUGGACGAAAGCAAUGCGCUGGCACUAGCCAUUGUUCCUUCCGGUCCAACGGCAAAUGGCACUUCGGAGUCAAAUGGAGCCUGGGCACCACAGAGUGGCACGACCGGUUGGGAGCUGGCUCUAGUGACCAAUCCCAGCAGCAACGAGAAUGCUGUCAGCUCGAGCAGACUGGCCGGUGGUUUUGACAAGCUGACGCUUGACAGCCUAUACGACGACGCGCUAUCCAGACGACCGCAGCAACAGUACGCAGGAGGGGCGGGGACGAGCUACGGCGGACCACCGCAGAUGAUGAAUCCAUUCGACACAAUGAACCACGACCCGUUCAUGGCUUCUGGCAAGUUUGCUCCUCCGCCGAAUGUACAAAUGGCAGCCAUGGCUCAACAUCAGCAGGCACUCUUCUUGCAGCAGCAGCAGCAGCAGCAGAUGAUGAGUCGCAAUCCUCACAAUCCUUUCGGUGUUCCCGCGCCGCCAAAUGCAAAUCCACAGUUCCAAAACAAUCCUUUCGGGAAUCCGGGCCUAAUAUGAUACACUGCGCGAGCGAUGCUUGUGAGUUUUCAGGAAUUUUUUUUUUUUGUGGCCCCUCGUCUCAUUCUCUUCGCAUUAUUCUUCCGGUAGCAUUAUGCUUCUGAUCAUCGAUUUGUGUUCCUUUUUUUUCUACUUUGUAGUAGACACUACCAUCUGCAUUCAGAUGACGCUUUGUAUUUGAUGAGAAAGUUGAUUCUUUAUACGUACUGAUCAAACAGGAGUGCUUUUUUACUCUA